AUGUCUGCCGUGAAUGGCAACAGUGAAGAUUGCGUCGCGGUGCCGACGCUGCCUCCGUCGCGGUUCACUGAAAAACUCCCCCCUUCCGCCACCAACAAGGAGGAGGAUGACACGGUGGCUACGUUGCGCAAGCAGUUCCGUUGCGCGGAGCUUAACAACUGUAUUCUGCAUGACAAUAUCGAUACUCUAAAGGCUGUUGCCAACCAGUUAGCUGCGCAACUCGACUUGGCAAAUAGCAGGUUGGCCUUGUACGAAGAAAAGGAACAGGCGCAGGCGCUACGACAGCUUGGACGCGAAACGCAGGGCAAAAGGAGCCCCCACUUUGAAGCCUCUGCCGCGGGGGCGGAGCACGAGGGCCGAGUUACCUCCCUCCUCAGUAUCGUGCGGGAAAAGGAUACGCUGCUCACAGCCCUCCGGAGCGAGCUGGGGAAGCAAAAGGAAGACGCGGCGGCGCUGCUCCGGACGUGGUUGGACAGAAAAGAUAACGAAAUCCUCCGACUGACGGGUGAAUUGGAACAGCUACGGACAGUACAGGGCAUCGGACGAUAUGCACAAGCUAGGAGGAAGUAA